AUGUUUGAGAAUGAUAUCGAGACAUCGAAUGUUGAGCUGCUUGUUCCACCUCUUGUGGAGGUUGUGGAUGUUGUAGAUCCCACUCGUUUGUCGAAGUUGGCAAAGGAGAUUUCGAGGUUGGGAGGAGUCCCAUUUCAGGGAGGUACGGAUCACAUGUUGGCAGAUCAAUGGAUCGAGAACAUGAAGACCUACUUCGAGAUAAUUGUCUGUGACGACAUUGAGAAGAGAAAGAUUGCGAUGAAGAAGUACUUUUCGCCUUCAGUGAGGGAGCAGUUGAAAAGGGAAUUCAUCUCGUUAGUCCAAGGGACUAAGAGUGUGAGGGAGUAUAAGGCUGAGUUCUCAAGGUUGUAUCGCUUUGUGAGGCAGAUGGAUGCUGAGAGCUUAGCUAUGAAGUUUCAGUGGGGACUGAAUGCUUCGAUCCGGCGCGAUGUCACUGUUCUAGAACUGAAGAUGAUGGAGCUCAUUUUCACUAAGGCUAUGGCCAUUGAGCAAGAGAACCUGACUUUCUAG